AGAGGCGGCUGUGUUGCCAAGGCAACCUGUAAACUCCGUUUUGAGCCGACAUGGUGGAGCUGCUAAAAAUUGGAAGCGAAAUUACAGAGUUUCCAAAGGAGUUAUUCUACAGAAACAGCCAAGUUGAAGACACCAGACAGAGGGAGAACCAGGUCGCCACCCAGAUUCAGAGCUGGUUCAGAGCCUGCAAGGUGCGGGCUUACCUCAGCCAUCUGCACAAGAAGGCAAUCAUUAUACAGAAGAUAUGGCGGGGCUUCACAGCAAGGGCACGUGUCAGACAAAUGGUGAAGGCGGCAUAUUUUAUCAUGAAGAUGAAUUUCUACGAGGAGAUGGCGGUCAGGAUCCAGCGGAGAUGGAGAGGAUUCUUUCAGAGGAAGUAUAUCCAUAACUUCUAUGCACGCAAAAGUUAUUUGGAAGGAGUCGCGAUCAAAAAUAUUUUGGUCAGGAGGAAGCUGGACAAGCUCAAUGAAGUCCAGAAGAGAGAGAGAGACUGUCGAGCAAUGGUGAAAGAGCAAGAAGGCAAAGUCUACCAAGCUCAGCGGUUACACCACCUAAUGAGCACAAAACAGUGCCCAGGGGUCUUCAAUUCUCCAUUCAGGCAAGCCCCUCAUGAGAUGGAACUACUGCUGAGGCAGGUCAAGUACCAGGUUCCCACCAGACUGGCCCCCAGGGGCAGGGUUCGUCCCCAGGGUACUCCUAGCCCAACAGCCCUGAGUUUCCCUGGGAAUCUUGGAUCCCCAUGGAUCAAGAACAGUCGAACCUGCUGCUCCAGGCCUGUGUUGCCUCCUAUUACCAGCAAGAAACAGCAGGGUCUGUCCAGAGAGCCAGGAGAAGUGUGGGAGCAGCAGGUGCAAUGUCCUGACCUGAUGUUGUCUCUGCAGACCUCUUACACAUACCUGGAAGAGGCCCAGAAUCAGCUACAGCAACAAGAGACUCCGUUCAAGACUGUGUUUGCCACCUUCAACAUCUUUGAUAAGUUUGCUCGUCUGUACUCCAAGGGGACAUGCGGGAAGAAAUGCAGGAUGUCACCGAACAACUCGGGUGGAAGGAAGACUGAGCAUAUGGCAGAACUGCUCGGAGAAGAAGAAAUGGCAUUAUCAAACACUCACCAUUCGAUUUACUCCUGUUCUCUUUCAUCAGGUCUGCUCCCCCUCUUACACACUGACUGAGAUUACUUGUUUGAGUGUGUUUAUUUUUUUUGCUUGUUUGAGUGUAUUUGAUAGGGAAUGAAAAUGAAAGUUCUGCAGGCAGAUUUUACAACUUUAAGCUUGCAAGUCUUCAAACAAAGUCAGGUGAUCUAAACCAAAGCUUUGAGCCUGGCAAGCUGUGACAUUGAGAGGUCUGGAACAUUUUACGCCUGCAGUGAUUCCAUUUUCCAACUACUUUUGGAUGGUUAAGAAUAUUAGCCAGACCUCAGAUUGUGCUUUUGUUUUUGAAAGCUGGAGCCAAUCAGUAAGCUGUCAGGAGACAUGUGGGGCCUUAGUGCAGUGCAUUAUAAAGUACAAGCUAUGGAAUAUCUUCAUCUUUCCUCCUUUCUAGUACAAACUUUCUG